AUGUCUAAGAUUAACUCUGCUAUUAUUAGAGACAACGUCAAGGAGUUGUUGAAGUACUCCACUGAAACCAAGAAGAGAAACUUCUUGGAAACCGUUGAAUUGCAAGUCGGUUUGAAGAACUACGACCCUCAAAGAGACAAGCGUUUCUCCGGUACUUUGAAGUUGCCAGAAUGUCCAAGACCAAACUUGUCCAUCUGUAUCUUCGGUGAUGCUUUCGAUGUCGACAGAGCUAAGUCUUGCGGUGUUGAUGCCAUGUCUGUUGAAGACUUGAAGAAGUUGAACAAGAACAAGAAGUUGAUUAAGAAGUUGGCUAAGAAAUACUCUGCUUUCGUCGCUUCUGAAGUUUUGAUCAAGCAAGUCCCAAGACUUUUGGGUCCUCAAUUGUCCAAGGCUGGUAAGUUCCCAACUCCAGUUUCUCACACCGAUGACUUGUACAGUAAGGUUACCGAUGUUAGAUCUACCAUCAAGUUCCAAUUGAAGAAGGUUUUGUGUUUGGCUGUUGCCGUCGGUAACGUCGAAAUGAACGAAGACUCUUUGGUCAACCAAAUCUUGAUGGCCGUUAACUUCUUGGUUUCCUUGCUAAAGAAGCACUGGCAAAACGUUGGUUCCCUAGUGAUCAAGUCCACUAUGGGUCCAUCUUUCAGAUUGUACUAA